AUGGCGCCUCUCGUUCCCUCGCAGGAGGAGCUUGAUCGCAGAAGGAUCGUCGACAUCAACCCAGAGACCGUCUCCAACAUCCCCUCCACAGAUUUCCCUGGUCAUUGGCCCGGCGAGUCGCACGAAUGGUCCCUCGAAAAGUUCAAGAAUGAUCUCAAGAUCGACUUCCACCGCAACGAGCGUUUCGAAGCCUCCUUCUCUCUCAUCGGAGUCGACGCCUCCAUUGCCAACGCCUUCCGUCGUAUUCUCAUGGCCGAGGUGCCCAGCAUCGCCAUCGAAUACGUUUUCGUCCACAACAACACCUCUGUCAUCCAGGAUGAGGUUCUCGCACAACGUCUGGGUCUGAUUCCCCUCAAGGGUUCCGUGGAGGGCAUCAACUGGAUGCGCUGGUUCAAGAAGCCCACCGACGACGAUCCCAAUGGCAGCAACCCCGCCGACUACAACACCAUCGUCUUGCGCUUGGACGUCGAAUGUACCAAGAACCCCAACGCGGACCCGGAGGAAGAUGAUCCCCGCAAGCUCUACAAGAAUGCGCACGUCUACGCCAAAGAUAUUACAUUCCACCCCGUCGGUCGCCAGGAACAAUUCUUUGCUGGCGAUGACGCAAUCCAGCCCGUCAACCCGGACAUCCUGGUCGCCAAGCUCCGUCCUGGUCAGUCGAUCGAGAUGGAACUUCACUGUAUCAAGGGUAUCGGUGCCGACCAUGCCAAGUUCUCUCCCGUCGCCACGGCCACCUACCGUCUACUCCCCGACAUCAAGAUCCUUCGCCCCAUCAUUGGAGACGAUGCCAAGAAAUUCGCCAAGUGCUUCCCCAGCGGUGUUAUUGGCCUCGAGAAGGUCACUCGUGAGGAAGCCAAGCAGAAGGAGAGCGGAUAUGAGGGCCACGAGGGCGAAUUGAAGGCAGUUGUUGUGGAUCCUUUCAAGGAUACUGUCAGCAGAGAGUGUCUGAGACACGAGGAGUUCCAGGGCAAGGUCAAGCUCGGUCGCGUCCGCGACCACUUCAUCUUCAACAUCGAGAGUGUUGGCCAGUUCGAAAGUGAUACCCUCUUCCUGGAGAGUGUCAAGGUCUUGAAGCUCAAAUGCGCAAGAUGGAAGCGUGGCUUGACGGACCUUAUGCGCUAA